AUGCAAGAAAAACUGGAUUCGCUCGUAAACGAAUUUUUUAAAUUGCACAAUACAAAAGCAGAGACAUCAUUCCUCAACUACCUUCGAUUGUAUCUUGAACCAAGCAAAGAUAUCGCAGUAUCAACCAAUGACGUACUUUGCAUAGCUAAAAGACAUGGCCUGGACAUCAAUCUGAGCAUUUUUUCACCUACAGAGAUUAAACUGAUCUAUGUGCUUUGUAAGUUGGCCAGUAUUCGCAGGAAAAGACCGAAAAUAAUGCAAAAAAAUAGAAGUAAUCUCAAGAAGAUCGCAUUAGGCCUAGAGACCGUGGAAAAGUACAAGCUGGACGUGCAACAAAGUGAAAUAUUGCAAACUUUGCAGAACAACGCGGUCAUCUAUACAAAAUUCAAAAAUUUAACGGAUGGCCAGACCAUGUCGCAACUACAUUUUUACAAAAUAGCAAAGGAUAAGGCAAAAGAGUUUGAGAUGCAGGUGCUUAUUCUUAACGAGGAGGAUAUUCUGGCGUUUUAUGUUCAGCUGAAGCCGCACAUCAAAACAUUCAUUCUCCUCGAUCAGAUAAACGGUCACUUCCAAGAUACCAAAAAUCCUUACAAUUUCUUAAAAUUUUACAGCCGUGAUUUCUUCGCGAAAGAAGAUUCGUUGAUAUACAACAUAGUGAGUAAUUGCACGAAGCAGCUUAAUAUCAAUUUAAAUGAAUGGCUGGUCAAGGGACAGUUCACUGAUUACGCAAGAGAAUUUUUCAUUACAAAAAAUUCAAAUGAUUUUUGGUUGUCGUACAAUGUUGACACAGGGAUGCUGCCCUUUUUCAUUUCAGCAGAAAUUGCACAAAAAAUUCUCUACAUCGGUAAGGUUAGCAAUCUUUUAGAGAGAAUAUCGAACGAUCUUAAGGUAGAUUAUUCCAAGGAAGUGCCAGACAGUUUGAAGACUGUUACCGGUGAUCAGUAUGUAUUGGACAUCCGUCCUCACGACGCUAAGGCGAUGGACGUAUCAUAUGAUCGCACGGUUAGCGACCACACGCAAGUUGUUCAGGUCCUUGAUAGAAACUUCGAAAACAUCAUCAAUGACAAGCUCUUAAUCGCAGACCGACAGGUAAAAGCCCUUUUUCUUCCGAGAUGUCAAAUCAUCGAAUACUUGCAGUUCUGCAAGGACACCUUUUUCUUCGCACGAAACGAUUUCAUAGAGCAUCUCCUCUUCCACAUGAAAGGUAUCAAUAAGAGCAAUUUGUGUAGAAGAAGCUAUUCGUUCGUUCUAGAUAGCGCAAUCAUGUCGUCCUUCAAACAAAUUAACAAAAUCACGUCCACACUGGAUAUGUGUGUUCUAAAGGAUGAAGAUUUCUCGCUGUUCUGUCAUUUCGACUUUCCGGUCAAUGUGGUCAUCGAGAAGGACGUUGUUAUGAUUUUCUUGAGCAUCUUUAAGUACCUGUGGAAAAUAAAGCGAGUUGAGCACUUUCUGAGAAAAUUGAAAGAGAAGGAGAACAGUGAGCUCGCCAACACCGUCCGGCUCAAUAAGUGGUACGUUAUGAUUCAGAAAAUAUUUUUCUAUUUCUCAUACGAAAUUAUUGAGAAAAAUUACGUAGAGUUGUUAAGCAUUGUAGAUAAUAAAAUGUUUGUGGUCGAUGAGCUGCGUAAGGGAGUAAAAAAAUUUCUACGAAACGUUAUAAAUGGCAUAUUUCAAGAGAAUGGAAGUGGAAAAGAGCAAAUGGACAUUUUCAUCAAUGUUUUGGAGCAGGAGUGCCUCAAUUAUAGGAAGUAUGGACGGGUAUUUGAUGAUAGCCAUAUAAAGAAAAAUUUAGAGGAUCUUAUGGUCGUGGUGAACGACAGAAUCGAGAAUACCACGCUGUUCAACAUUGCAGCAUACGUAUAGUUAAAGUAAAGUGUAAAUGAUAUGUUAUAUCGUG